AUGUAUUGGCCAUAUGGCGUGCCUCAGGUUUUUGCACAUCACCUAGCAGAGACUCAUUCGAAUGCUGGUGAUAGCACCUCGCCUGAAGCGCGACGCGAAAAUGACAGCGCAAGCAAGGAAUUUGAGUCCUCACAGGAUGCUGCGCGCGCUUUCAAGACGGACGAACACGAGCGAGAGUCUACGACAAGUUCGAUCAUUGAUGUGAGGGUUACUAGGAGUGAGCACCUCUUUGCGACUCUGACGAAAAACGUUCUUGCUCUAUGGUCAGUUAAACCAACUGUACUGUUGGUAUCUUUACGACGUUCUGAAAAGUCCGUGGCCAGUUAUGGCGAUAAUAUCGGAAUGCACUUCCGCCCAGAUGGCAGUCUUAUUGUGCUACAUACGUCUUUAGGAUUUCUGAUUCUGUAUGCGAUUGAAACUGAUCCCAACGUUCGAGUACUCCAACAACGUACGCCAGAAAGCCAGACAAAAAAACAGAGCGUUGCACGCACUUUUGGCACGUCCGACGCCUCAGGAUUAGCAGAGGUCGUUCUGAGAUUUCGAAAGACAAUAAAAAUUGACGCUGGCAUAAGCUCUAUCAUAGCCACUGACCAAGAUCUCGUAAUCGUGACUGUCAAGCCUCCGGCUGUGCAAUGCAUCAAAUGGGAAACUCACAAAGGUCUCCAUCAGACCUCAACCCAGCUCAUGAGCAAGAUGCAAUGGAUCGAGAACAAGACGACUAUCUCACACAUGACGCACGAUCGUGCUAUGAACCUGUCUGUAUGGAUAGGCGACCAUGGGUCAACCUAUGCUGUACGAAGAGUUCGUCCGCAGAUCCUAAGCAGAACGUCCUCUGCGGAGAGCUCGCAGUCAUCAGCUUCUUCAGUGGUACCAGCAUCCAGAAUCUUUGAUGGGUACAGAUUUCAUUUACCGUCUGGAGAAGGUGAGGAGGCACUGAUUGCUGCCAUCAACGCUCGUUUCUCUCUCAUCGCAGUAGCUACCAAGAACGGCAAGAUAUUAUGUUUCGCAGCGAAGGACUAUGCGGGAAACAUACCACUAUCCCACACGUUCAAAACCAACACAUCACCAACAGGUACACUUAGAGUCACUAGCUUAGUGUGGUCGCCGGAUGGGUACUGCCUCUUCGCUGGCUUUGAGUCAGGCUGGAUGUCUUGGAGUGUGUUCGGGAGAGAAUUGGCUUCGACAUUCACUGCGAAUGCUGCACAUGCUGAGAACAACAACGAGAACUGGUUGCUACAUAUACAAACUGCCAAUUGGCUCAGUGGCGGAUCCGAGCUGCUGCUGACUACUCCUCAAGACUCACGUAUCUGGAAGCUUGACUUUUCAAGAAGUGCGGCAGUAGGAUGCUUCGCCUGUGCGAACUUGGUCCGGGCUCUACACCAGACUCCGCGAGAGCUGGCUGUAUAUCGUGGACACGAGCUGCCUGAUCUCACCUCGAUAUCCAAUGAGGCUUCAUUGUGGCAUCAUGCCCAAUACCCUUCGAGUUACCUGCAUAGUCAGUGGCCAAUCCGGACAGCAGUGGUAUCGCAGGAUGGCAGAUACAUUGCUGUCGCCGGCCGCCGCGGCCUGGCUCACUACAGUGUCACUAGCGGUCGAUGGAGGACUUUCUCUGAUUAUGCUGUGGAGAACUCUUUCGCUGUGCGUGGUGGUAUGUGCUGGUUCAAUCACGUUCUUGCUGUCGCUACAGAACAUGCGCAAGGUUAUGACUUACGACUGUACUCUCGAGAUCAAGAUCUUGGUCGUGCUCCCUUGCAUGCAGAAUCUUUUGCCAUGCCUAUCGUGUUCGUGGGACCAUCGGGAGAAGAUUCACUGCUUGUUUACACGUAUGAGAACGUGCUCUACCAUUACAUCGUCAAUGUUACAGACCGAAGUGCACAAUUACUUCAAGUUGGCCAAAUCGCCUUUCAUGGUCUUGUACGAGCACCAAGUAGAGUUAGAUCAGUCAGCUGGGUGCUUCCAGAGCAGCAAUUGCGAAACGGAGAUCCUUCCAGGGAUGUUGAGCACGCCGCGGUACUAUUUCUGAUAGACGACAAAUUGGUCCUUCUGCAUCCCUCGCGAACACCUGAAAAUGCUGUGAAGUAUGACAUGAGGGUCAUUGCACAUCAGGUCGAGUACUAUAUCCUCAUGAGGGAUCAGAUUUACUUCAAUUUUGCGAAUGUACUAGGCGAGUCUGCUCCACCGACGCCAUCGCCCGGCUCAAUCCUUGGUUUCAGACAGAACAGUAUGCAUUACUCUUUGCGAGACUCGCUCUGGAUCUUUACAGGUGAAAAUCUCUGUUUGUGGUCCGAUGUACAGGAUCUCUUGCACUCCAUGACAGGACUUGCGACCUCGAAACAAUCGUUAUUGUCGAUACCGCUUGACUUCUACCCACUCUCUAUCCUGUUGAACAAGGGAGUAGUCCUUGGCAUUGACUCUGAAAAUUUACAGCGUCGAGAUGUGAACUUUGCACAAUUCAGGACAACGAUCAGAACUCAGCUUUUCCUGCCUUACGUCCUCAGAUACCAACUUUUGGAAGCGAAUGAUACUUCUGUCGCCUUCGCAAUCGCUCAUCAGUAUCAGGACUUGACGUAUUUUCCGCACGCAUUGGAGAUCCUGCUUCACAUUGUGCUUGACGACGAAGCGGAUCGUAGAAGAAACGAAAGCACCUCAACUGCUACCCAGGAACCACUACCAGCGAUUCUUUCUUUCUUACAGAUGGCACUGUCCCCGGAAACCUAUCUCGCGACUAUAGUACAAUGUGUACGAAAGACCGAGUUCUCUUUCUGGCAAUAUCUGUUUGCCCAUCUCCCGUCGCCUGAAACCAUGUUCGAACAGGCACUAGCUUUAAACGAUUUGAAGACAGCCAGUGGAUAUCUCAUAGUCAUGCAGACUUUUGAAGAAGAGCAAGAGGAGACGGCCGACGAAAGACAGGAUGCUGCAGAUCCUCGAGGCUUCGAAGAGCAGGUAGUGCGCCUGAUGAGCUUGGCCAAGGCGAAGAGCGACUAUGAACUUUGUUCAGAGCUAGCUCGGUUCAUGAUAGGUAUAGAUCCACGAGGAGACACAUUAAGGCGAGUGGUUCAGAAAGUAGGCUUUCGUGGGAAUAACGUGUACCUGCAACCUCAACGGGCGAGGUUGUCGAGCCGUAAUAUUGCUUUACAACAGGCGGAAACAGCGCAUCCUAAACCACAGACACUGGGUAAAUUGGAUAUUAGACUUACUAGGUUGCUGGCGGAGGAGCCGAAGUCGGCUGGAGCUGAGAGUGAAGGUGUAGUUAGUCGGAGUAGUGCUGGCGAUUAUUUUUCCGCCAGUCCACAGGACUUGUCGUAG